GUCUCGUUAUCCCACACAUCCUGCAAGUCACAGUCUUGUGGGGGUGGCUCCCACUCCUCUUCCUCCUCCUCCUCCUCUUCAUCCUCCUCGUGCCACGGGAACUCAGGGGACUGGGACCCCAGCUCCUUCUUGUCUGCUCACAAGCUCUCGGGCCUCUGGAAUUCGCAGCACACCAACGGGGCUGCACAAGGCAGCCCCCUCGGGGCCCCCCCUGCUGCACUAGGUGACAAGCACCCCGGCCUUGCUCUCUCUCCAGAGUGCGUCAGCCAGGCAUCUGCUGUGGCACCGGGGCUCAAGGCCUGUCCCUACAGCCACGUGGCCUCCCCCACCUCCAGCAGCGCCGCCCCGGGCUCGCCUCUGCCUACCUCACUCGACUUCUGCAAGACGCUGCCGAAGCAGUUCAAAAGCAUGUGCCGGAGGGCCACCCCGCCAGGUGAGGCCUUCCACUCCUCAGAGCAUCAUCAGCACUCGGACCUCACUGCUCCUCCCAACAGUCCCACCGGCCUCCCCUCACAGCCACCAGCGCUGAUCCCCUCCAAGCAGACACCUGCCCACCCGGGGCCCUUUGGCUCCCCACCCCAUGUCCCGCUGGGCACCUCCCCGCAGGCCGCGCUCUUCCCCGCACCCAGUGCGCAGGCGGCAACCCCGAAGCCGGUGUCUGAGUCCUCUCCCACUGGCCCGGUCUCACACAGCCCAGGGUCGUGUAAGAGCCCUCACCUGCCCCCUGCCAACGUGCCGCUGCUGAAGAUGCCACCUCCGCUGUCGGGCUGCACGCAUCCCUGCAACGGGCACUGCAGCACUUCGCUCAUCCCUCCUCCCGCCUCCCACCAGCUGCCCAGCACGAACAGGGACCCCUCUUGCAAAGGGCACAAAUUCCCAAACGGUACCAGUUGCCACCCGCCGCAGCCGUGUGAGGCAGACGAGGGGCUCGGGGAGGAUGAGGACUCGGAGCGCAGUUCCUGCCCCUCCUCCUCCACCAACCAGAAAGAUGGGAAGUUCUGCGACUGCUGCUACUGUGAGUUCUUCGGCCACAACGCGCCCCCGGCCGCUCCCACGAGCCGCAACUACGCUGAGAUCCGGGAGAAACUGCGUUCGCGCCUCACCAAGAGGAAAGAGGAGCUGCCGCAGAAACUGGGGCACAACAGCAGCUCAGGAGAGCCCGCUGUGGACCACCGCAACGUGGAUGAGCUGCUGGACUACAUCAACAGCACGGAGCCCAAGCCCUUGAACAGCGCCAAGGCGGCCAAGCGGGCACGGCACAAGCAGAAGAAGAAGGAGAAGGAGAAGGCCCAGCUGGAGGCAGAGGCCCAGAAGCGGGCAGAGCGUGCCCCCGCAGCCAGCCAGGCCAGGGAGCCGGCCGAGGAGAAGCUGCUGGAGUGGCCGGAGCUGGAGCUGGAGCGGGUGAACAGCUUCCUCAGCAGCCGGCUGCAGGAGAUCAAGAACACCAUCAAGGACUCCAUCCGGGCCA